GUAUUUUAUUCAGUCGCUAUUGUACCUUCAGCAAGGCAAGUUCCUGAACUCAUAUCGCCAUAUUUGCAGUGAUAACAUGAGCCAGAGUCACCUUCAAACGGAUCAGCUUCUCUUCGAGGAGAAACCACUCCAUGUGCCGCCACUCUUAGAACUACAAAAGGUUAUACAGGGUGCUCUGAAUGCCAACUUUGCCUCAGUUGAUGUUAAUGUGGGUCCUUGUCCGGAUCUGAAGGACUCCCAGUUUGGCCUUGUCGAAAGUGGACUGGGUGGCAGGCCCACUUUACUGGAGGCAGGCGGUCCACCCUAUUUACGCCCCUUAGUGCAACGUGAGAAGCUCUACAAUUUGAAGGAGAUCACUCGAAAAGUUCAAGGACCUGGCAAGAUCUUUGCUGUGGGACCAGGAGCAGGUCCUUGGCCCAUUCGCAACUCCAAUUGCGAGGGCAUCUUUAAUUUUUCCCUAAACGAAGAGGAUGAACUCAAGCAAGGUAGUUACACAGCUACUGUAAGAGGAGAAAAGGAAGAGUGUGUUCUGGAAAGAAUACCCGAAAAUGAACCACGAUGUGCUCUCAUCCUAAAUUUAUUUCUGAGUGAGGGAAAACCAGGUGAAGUGCUUCGAAUCUCUGCUAAGCAACGAACUGGAGUAGAAAACUUUGUGGAUUGCAUUCGCAAGCGGUUGGAGCAGCACUAUGGUGACAAAGCUAUUGGCCUGGGCGGAAUCUUUGUGGUCAAAAAGGGCUGUGUCCAUCAGCAUGUGAUGCGGGAUUUCAGCAAGACACCGAUUCACACCCAAGAACAGAUUCAACAAUGGCUCAAGUUCUACGAAAUGCCAGCUCAGCUAAAUGCUGUGGGCACUUUGGUGACCAAGGAUAUGGGACUUGAUCUAAGGCUGCAGCAUUUCCACUCCUUUUCCUUUGCAAAUUGGGGAGGCCACUACCAUUACGACACCACUCCAGAUAUAGUCGAAUAUGAGGCUUAUCUUAAUGUGGCCGAACGUGUUAUCCGUGUGGACAGACCACAGCUAACUGACCAGUUGGGAAGAGACUGAUAUUUGACUAUCUCAGCCUGUCACAACCAUCAAAAACUGCUACACUAAUAAAAAAAAAUGUAAAAGUAAAAAUAAACAUGUGGCCAUUGAAUUUAAAAUUGUA